GAGAGGAUUGCAGGGUUUCGGUAUACUUACACUUUUUUGCCACUGAUUGGGGUGCCUCGAUAUAUUUCGCAAAAGAAACUGGACACAAUGUGAGAUUUGGUACAACCGGAUCGAGCAAUAACUCCAAUAAGAAGCGCGGGAGUGGACUCAAAAAGGGACAACGCAUUCACUGCAAUUCCCCAAAUAUUGGAAAUAUAUUGAAGCACCCCAAACUGUGACAGUUAACGGUAAAUGGCUGAUAUCUUGGCUUUGUGGUCUUCUAACCUUUCGCGAUAUGGUCAUUCUUUUACUAACCAAUCUAAGGCUGGUCUCGCUGCAUACUUCAUGUCUCUCGAGGCAGUCGCAAAGGAAGAACCAGGUGACGUAUUCUCUGCCAGGUCAAUCAAACAGUAUCUCGUACGGCAUUCACGAGAGUUACAUCAGCCAGGGCAAGCUGUAACGCCGUCUGAUUUGAAUGAACUCCAAUAUACUCCACCGACCUCUUGCAAUGCUGCCUACAAUCGGGCACCAGAAGGUAUCUGCGCUAGCAAAUUCGAGAAGCGAGGCCUCCAUAUUCUGGCAAAUGCGAAACGAGAGGGCUCUUUGGUGUCGUUUCAGACCGACAUUCCCACUGCACUACCUUCGGGCUUCCCAUCGCUCAAUGUUACGGAGAUUCCGAUUAUGUCAAGUGGGACAUUGAUAGCUACAGCUUUCGACCAUGGUGAAUUUGGUCUCGCCUGUACCCCGACGUCAGCAAUAGCACUAUCGUCCUCCACCAGCUCGAUAUCGUCCAGGUCAGGCACCACGUCUCCGUCAAAGUCAGCCCAAUCGCCGGAUUCAUUGGUGUUUCAAGUAUCAUCAACAGCAGCAGCUCCGCCUUCUACGUCCUCGGCGUCCUCCAGAUCUUCCAGGUCUUCGAAGUCCUCCGCUUCCUCCACCGCAUCCAUAGCGUCUCAGCCAAAGCCAUUCUCAUCACUAAGAUCAUCGACCGCGGCAACUCCGAUCACAUCUUCUAUGUCGCCGAGCCUACCUCCCAAACCGACAUAUAAACCUGUAGAGGGCCCCCUAUCAUGCAACGAUGACAAAAUGAGCACGUGCCAACACGGAUCUGUCAAACCAAACCACAUCGACGAAACCGCCAAGGAAAUAUGCACACAACUGCAAAACAAGGAUUUCUAUCCUAAUAAUACUCGAAUCAACGGUUACAGAGCUCACGAAGGAGUGAGCUACAACUUCUUCGUUGAGUGGGACAUGGGAUGUAUGAGUGAGACCAGACACCACUUCGAUGACAAUCUUGCAGUCUGUGAGGACAUGUUCAAAGCUACGGUAUUCAACUGCCCAAAUAAUCAAGGUAGCGGUGGAAACCACACCGAAGGGUGCGUACGACUUGGUUUUGAGCCCACCUGUAUGGACUCUCCGCCACCGAAGAUUACUGAGGGCCCACUGGUGUGUAAUGAGAAGAGAGCUUGCCCCACCGAUGCCCAAAGCGAGUCAGUAGAUUACGUCGCCCGGUCGUUGUGCGACUCGAACUACAAAAACAACGAAUUAUUCACACCCAAGGAUGGACGAUGGGAGGGCAAUACAACCAAAAUUACUGCAUGGGGUGCUCCGACCCUAUACACUGCUUAUAUGGAGUGGGACACGAGCUGUACGGCUGAAACGGAGCACAAACUUGACGCAGAUGCCGAGCACUGCAUGCAGAUGCUAACGGGGCCUUACCAUAACUGCACAAACGGGGGAUUUGGUGAGUGAGUAAUUCCAUUUCCUUUCGGGCCUGUCUUCUUCUAAUCGCGCAUGGUUAUAGGAGGCUACCGCCCAGAAGGCUGCGUCAAAUUCGGCAUUGACGUCACCUGUGACAUGAAGUUAGGCGAAGGUCCUCUCCAAUGCAACCCGGCCUGGAACUGCUACGACGCGAUCCACGAAUCAUACGUUUUGAAGGCGCUGACAGAAU